UCAGGUCUUUUUGCUUUUCAUUUUGAGACAGGGUCUCACUACAUUGCCAUAGCUGGCCUUGAACUUGCAAUCCUCCUGCCUCAGCCCCUGGAGAAGCUAGGAUUACAGGCACCUGUCACCGUGCUUGGCAUCACGUUUCUUGAGUGCCUUUUGUGGUUCAUCCAGCAACAGUGUUUGGGGCUGCACAAGAUAAAGCCUGUCUGUGUCCUCAAGAAGCGCCAAGUCUAUCCUCAUAUUUAACAUAGGUCCCAUUUGGUGAGGAAGGUAGUCAGGGUGUAAAAUCAUAGGGCUGGCCCAGCCUGGGGCACCUGGGACACUGAUCUGACACCCACCUACAGUGCAUGCAAUAGCUUGGUCUUGCCCAAAGAAGGAUCAGGUGGUUCCUGGGCAGUUGGAGCAGGGGCUGGACUCUGCGGCCAACUCCUUGGUGCCUACAGCCAUCCUCUUGUCUUCUUUGAGCCUUGGUUCCCUCAUCUGGAAACAGUGUGCUUCCUGUGACUUGUCUGUCUGCGAGUGGCAGGCAUAUGUGCAGGGUAGAGCCGACGGAGUUCUAUACCAGAUAGUAUGGAAUGUGGGGGCCUGAAAUGCUGUAAGAGCAAGUCACUGUCCAGCUUCUGUUGCACGCUGACUUGCCAACAACCAUUUGAGUUGUAAUAUCCUAGGUCUACAAAGAGGGAAACUGGAAUUUGGAGAGAGUUAGGGCCCCAUACCACACAGAUAAUCAGAUGUUGGUGCGGGACUUGAAUCCACAUCCUUAGCUGACUUUGGAUUACACUGUGGACUACUGUUGGGUAUUUUCUUGUUGCCCUUGUCCCAUGUGCCUCUUCCUUCAGGCAGGGUCCUGGGCUGCUCUGUCUGAUGCAUCCUUUAUCCUCAGAAAGCCAUCUGUGUCUUGGAGAUGGAAAAUGGCUACUGGUGGUGCAGGAGGAAGAAGCAACGGUCAGGGGUUCUCCUGACAGUGGGCACUAGGCCAGACGGAAGGCCUGACGAGCGCUGGUGCUUCAGGGUGGAGGAAGUAAACUGGGCUGCAUGGGAGCAGAUGCUGCCCACAGUGUGUGAGGACCCCACAGGGGAAGGCAUUCCUGGCAAGGUCUUCUAUGUAGUCCAGGCUGGCCUCCAACUUGCAACAAUCCUCCUGCUUCAGCCUCCCAAGUGCUGGGAUGACAGGCACCAUGAAGAAUCCUGGACUGACCACUCAACCCGAGGAAGAGCCUUUCUCACAGGAAGCCCACCUGCCCCUCCAGGUGCUCCAGUCCCAUUGAUGGUCAGACACAGCAGGAAUCUUUCCAGCCACACCUGCUAGUUCUGAGGCGCUUGUAUUUUGGUGGAAAUAUAAAUAUUUGUUUCACAACUAA